AUGAAAGUAUGGGAAAUCCUAUGGAUGUUUUUAAGCAACUGCUCUGUUUUAAUGAUGUUUUCCCGUAUUUUUCACACCGUAAUUUUUACAUCCAACUUAUAAAUCUGCCCCCUAUCCAAUAUGGCCGAACUAACCGUGAAGAGCCCUAUUUAAGUCAGACAUAUUUCCGUUACAGUAAACAUGAUAUUUUACCAACCGUUACUUGGUAAAGCGUGUGAACCGACUGUUUAAAGAGUAUACAGAGGAAAGAAGAAGAUCAUCAGAUGAUAACAUAGGAAAACCUGAUUUGUGAAAAGGAAACAAACUGUGUUACAAGUGUCAGAACGGAAACCAUACACAAGCUACAUAUAUUAAUCAGUUGAAAGUCAUCCAAAACUAUGAAUAAUGACGAAGGAUACAGAAAUAUGUUGUUGGUGAACAAUACCUCCAUUAAAGUUUGAUAUCAUUAUAGCUAUUUCAUCAAUACAAAGCUUUCAAUAUGGAUAUAUAAACCAAUUAUUUAAGGAAAAUUGGACAUUUGAUUCGAUAUAUCAACGUCAGAUUUUAUUCAUAUCAACAUUAAUAAAAAGAAGGCCCGCCAUAACCAACUACAACAUUGUUUUAUGACGGUCCUUUGUCAUUUCUGUGUUAUACAAACAGUCUGAAAUCUGUUUAAAGGAUAAACUAUUCAACAAGAUGGCUUCUAUUUCUCCAGAGGAAGAAAACUAUGUUAGGAUGAGUUUAUUGCUGACAGGGAUUUCUCCACGUGCAGCUAGAGUCUUAUUUGAUCGUGAAUUCCAUCCAUCAUGUUUGGACUCUUCUUUAAAAAAGGCAUACAAAACACUGUUUGACUUGAAAAAGAAACAUGUUAUAAAUGCAGCUCAGUGGAAUCUUCUGUUCACUCGUUUUCCUGAUGUUCCAGAUUCUAGAACAUUCGAUGUGACUUUGAUGAUACUUUUACUCAGGCACUUGACUCCAAUGACCCCUCCACUUUGUGGAUUUGACCGUUUACCCUCUGCAAUGGAAACAACAUCAGCUGCAGAUUUAACCAGGAUCAAACACUACAGGAAUCACCUGGCUCAUCUUGUUGAUGGCAAACUAGACACAGGGUUCUUUAAUACGGCUUGGAAUGAUAUAACUUGUGCCAUAGAUAGAUUAGGUGCACAGCAAAUGAAGCAGGAGUGUGAACAUCUGAAAACCAAACCACUGGAUCAAACCAACCAAGAAAUAAUGAUAGACAUCAAACAUUCCUUUAAUGAAAUCCGAGAGCUAAAAGAAUCAUUUGAAAGUUUGAAGAUUUCACAUACUAAGAUGAUAAAAUCUCAUGAAUUACUUCAAGAACACCAUGCAGAGGUAAAGCAAUCCCAUGAAAUGUUACAGGAAGACUAUACAGAAAUAAAGAAAUCCCAUAAGACAUUACAGAAUGCCCAUAGGAAUGUUACAGACGAAAUGGAAAAAAUUAAGACUUCACAAAAUGACAUUGUGCCUUGGAAUAUAAGAGAAAGAAUAAAUGGUACACUUAAAGAUUGGAAGGAAAAUGAUGAUAAGAUGUAUAUAAAUACAAGAGCUGCCAAGUAUGUACUCAACUGCAUAAAGAAAAACAGUUGUGUAACUAUAACAGCUAGUUCUGGUACAGGGAAGACAGCAACACUUAGACAUGUGGCUUUACAAAUGGCAAAAGAAGAGUUUGAUGUCCUUCCGGUGACAGACCCAGUUGACAUUGUGAAGUUUGGCAAUCCUAAACAAAAAACAUUGUUUGUUGUUGAUGAUUUAUGUGGAAACUUUUCGCUUGACCAGAGUGACAUAAAAAGUUGGGAACCAAUCAUGGAGGAUAUUAAAAAGACUCUUGAUAAAAAACAAACAAAAAUACUUGCAGCAUGUCGGUUACAAGUGUUCCAAGAUGAAAAGUUUGAAUCAUUAUCAGUUUUCAAGUCAUGUGUAUGUAACAUGUUAUCAGAGAACAUUUGCCUGUCGAAAACUGAAAAAAAAAAUUUAGCUCAAUUGUAUCUCAAUGCAAAAGCCUCAGAGAUAAGUGCCUUUUAUGAUAUUUAUGACUGUUUUCCUCUAUUAUGUAAAUUGUACCAUGACAAUCCUAAACUUAUUAUUUCAGAUUUCUUUCAGAAUCCAUUUUCAAUUUAUGAAGCAGAGAUUGAUAAGCUUCUGAAGAAAGGGCAUCACGCUAAAAACUGUGUUUUGGCUUUAUGUGUCGUGUUUAACAACAUGUUAAAGGAAGAAAUGUUUACAGAAGAAGUGAAUGAAGAAACUAGGGCUAUUAUUGAGAACACAUGUGAGGCAUGUAGAUUAGACAGAGGAACUUCUAGACUUGUAUUACAGGACGAACUUGACUCACUCACACAUACAUUCAUAAAAAAAGAACGGAACAUGUACAAGAUAAUACAUGAUAAAAUAUUUGACUUUCUUGCAAAGAUCUAUGGACAAAAGAUAAUAUAUUGCUUGAUAAGGAAUGCAGACAUUGGUUUGAUCAAGGAAAGAUUUUUAUUAGAAAAAAAGGCCGACAUGGACCAGUUUAUUACUAUAAUACCUACAAAGUAUCAUCAGAUGUACAUACAGAGAAUGCUUGAUGACUGGUCAAAAGGAAAAUUACAAGAUGUAUUUAAUAACAUCAAUAUGAAGAUACCUCUUUUCAGACAGAAAUUGCUCUGCUUUUUAAAAACAUUAGACAAAUCUUACCAACGACACUUGGCACAUAUCUGUAAUGAUAGUAAAAUUGAGAAUGAAAAUCGGGAAUGUGUCAAAGAGACAACAACCCGACCUAAUAUUUUUGAAAAACGACCUAAAGGAUUCAAAAUUUUUAAAAUUAAUGACCAUACCUACGAUACAUCUUUAUUGCAUUGUUGUUAUUUAGGAGAUAUUUCUUUGGUCAAGUGGUGUUGUGAUCAUGGUGUUAAUAUAAACAGGUGUACAAACAAUGGCCAGUCACCUAUAAUGAUGGCAUAUGGUCAUGGUCAGAUAAAAAUAGUAGAAAUAUUGUUAGACAGCGGCGCAGACUAUAAUAAACAAGACAAGAGGGGUCAGUCACUUAUAAUGAUGGCAUGUGGUCAUGGUCAGAUAGAAAUAGUAAAGAUGUUGUUAGACAGAGGAGCAGACUCUAAUAAAUGUAAUGACGAUGGUCAGUCACCUAUAAUGAUGGCAUGUGAACAUGGUCAUACAGAUAUAGUAAAGAUGGUGUUAGACAGAGGAGCAGACUCUAAUAAAUGUAAUGACGAUGGUCAGUCACCUAUAAUGAUGGCAUGUGAACAUGGUCAUACAGAUAUAGUAAAUAUGUUGUUAGAAAGAGGAGCAGACUAUAAUAAAUGUAACAAGAGAGGUCAGUCACCUAUAGUGAUGGCAUGUGAACAUGGUCAUACAGAUAUAGUAAAGAUGUUGUUAGACAGAGGAGCAGACUAUAAUACAUGUGAAAAUUGGGGUUAUUCACCUGCAAUGAAGGCUUGUGAUUAUGGUCGUACAGAAAUAUUAAAGAUGCUGUUAGACAGAGGUGCUAUCUGUAAUGGAGAUUGCAAAUUUGAGCAGUUACCUUUAAUAAGGGCUUGUGAACUUGGUCAUACAGAAACAGUAAAAAUGUUGUUAGACCGAGGUGCUAGCUGUAAUAAAUAUGAUUCUUAUUAUAAGACACCUGUUCUAAAGGCUUGUGAAAAUGAUCGUACAGAAUUAGUGAAGAUGUUGCUAGACAGAGGAGCAAACUGUAAUAAAUGUGGCUGGGGGAAUUGGUCACCUGUAAUGGAGGUUUGUGAAAAUGGUAAUACAGAAAUAGUAAAGAUGUUAUUAGACGGAGGAGCAGACUUUGAUCAGUGUGAUACUGGUGGUAGGUCACCCAUAAUGAUGGCAUGUAAACGUGGUCAUACAGAUAUAGUAAAGAUGUUGUUAGACAGAGGAGCAGACUCUAAUAAAUGUAAUGACGAUGGUCAGUCACCUAUAAUGAUGGCAUGUGAACGUGGUCAUAAAGAUAUAGUAAAGAUGUUGUUAGAAAGAGGAACAGACUAUAAUAAAUGUAACAAGAGAGGUCAGUCACCUGUAAUGAAGGCUUGUAAAUAUGGUCAUAAAGAUAUAGUAAAGAUGUUGUUAGAAAGAGGAACAGACUUUAAUAAAUGUAACAAGAGAGGUCAGUCACCUGUAAUGAAGGCUUGUAAAUAUGGUCAUACGGAAAUAGUAAAGAUGUUAUUAGACAGAGGAGCAGACUUUAAAAAAUGUGACAAUCGGGGUCAGUCAACUGUAAUAACGGCUUGUGAACAUGGUCAUACAGAUAUAGUAAAAAUGGUGUUAGACAGAGGAGCGGACUAUAAUAAAUGUGAUGACGAUGGUCAGUCACCUAUAAUGAUGGCAUGUGAACGUGGUCUUAAAGAUAUAGUAAAGAUGUUGUUAGAAAGAGGAGCAGACUAUAAUAAAUGUGACAAGAGAGGUCAGUCACCUGUAAUGAAGGCUUGUGAACAUGGUCAUAGUCAGAUAGACAUAAUAAAGAUGUUAUCAGACAGAGGAAUCGGAUAUCUUAGUGACGAGGUGAUACAGGCUGGUGGACAUGGUCACACAGAAAUAGUAGAAAUGUUGUUAGACAGAGGAGUAGACUAUAAUACAUAUGACAAUAGGGGUCAGUCACCUAUAAUGACGGCUUGUAUACAUGGUCAUACAGAAAUAGUAAAGAUGUUGUUAGACAGAGGAGCAGACUCUAAUAAAUGUAACAAGAGAGGUCAGUCACCUAUAAUGAUGGCAUGUGAACAUGGUCAUACAGAUAUAGUAAAGAUGUUGUUAGAAAGAGGAGCAGACUAUAAUAAAUGUAAUGACGAUGGUCAGUCACCUAUAAUGAUGGCAUGUGAACUUGGUCAUACAGAUAUAGUAAAUAUGUUGUUAGACAGAGGAGCAGACUAUAAUAAAUGUAACAAGAGAGGUCAGUCACCUAUAAUGAUGGCAUGUGAACAUGGUCAUACAGAUAUAGUAAAUAUGUUGUUAGACAGAGGAGCAGAUUUGAAUGUAAGCAACUAUAAAUCGCCUUACAGCCUUUAA